UGUUUCAUAGGGUCAACUAAUGCAUGUGAAAGAACCUCUUUUUCCUUCUUGCGGCAUGAACUUCCUGUGCGGCUGGCAAAUAUUCUGAAAGAAAUUGACCUCCUCCCUAGUCCAUUGCUGAGCACUUCUUCAGUACAGCUGGUAAAAAGCUGGUAUGUCCAAAGUCUGAUGGAGCUAGUUGAGUUCCGUGAGAAAAAACCAGAUAACCACAAAGUUCUAUCUGAUUUUAUAGAUGCUAUUGUCAAAGUCCGGAAUCGACACCAUGAUGUUGUACCUACAAUGGCACAAGGUGUUCUAGAAUACAGAGACUCUUCUAAAAUGGACCCAUUCACCAAUCAAAACAUCCAGUACUUCUUGGAUCGGUUUUACAUGAACCGUAUAUCUAUCCGGAUGUUAAUAAACCAGCACACACUUAUUUUUGAUAAUAAUAACAUUCAGGGCAACCCAAAGCAUAUUGGAUGCAUUGACCCUUGCUGUGACGUUGUGGAUCUAGUGCACGAUGCUUUCCAGAACCUCAAUUUGUGUUCCAUCUCUGGUUAUGGAACAGAUGCUCUGAUCUACUUAAAGGCCCUUUCCACAGAGUCUGUAGAGAAACUUCCUGUCUUCAACAAAUCUGCUUGUAAACAUUAUCAAAUUGCUAUAGAAGCAGAUGACUGGUGUGUUCCAAGUAAAGAGCCAAAAAACUUGUCAAGACAGAGUGCAGCUGCAUGAGAUCAGCAUGUGCCUAGGACAUGCUCAAGAAGAAGCACAAAAUAUGAAAGGGGGAUCAAGCUGAUGUUGCAGUCCAGGACAAAUCAAACCAUCUUUUGGACCACUCCUGUCCUACACCAGGAUUUCCCAGAGACAAGAAAUUACCGUGCGGAGCAGGAGAUGUCAACAUGUGCACUGUAGGCAAUGUGUGUACUGUAUGGAUAAUGGUGACCGAUGUGCCAGGAAAAGCAAAAGGCAUAGGAAGCUGUGUGCAUAGUUCCAUAACACUUUGGAAAUUAACACGUGGAAGCAAAUAUAAAUUAACACUCCGAAGUAUACCUUUGAGUUAGGACUUGAUACGUUCAAAAACUAUGUAUAAAUGUUGAACUCCAGCACAUAGUAUUAACUUUUUCCUUGGUCUUUGUGGCUACUACCAAAUAUUGCUACCAGAUUGUGGCUGGAGGGUGGGGUGCGCACACAUACUUCAGUGUACUACUUGACAUGGUCACGAGUUGAAGGGCUGUGACAACAUGCCAUGUUGGCUUCCCUUCAGUAGUUUUUGUUUGAUGAGAAAUGGAGACCAUAACACAGUGCCAUUUUUUUCAUC